AUGUUAUAAAAUACAGCUUAUUCAAUUGGAUGGCUUGGAUCAUAACCAAUCAUUUCAAUUUCAUUAUUGCGAUAUCUAGUUAAAACAGAUGUUGCUGCUCUUUAUGCUUCUUAGUUUUUCCUGAGACUCUGGUGUAUUGUUGCUUUCAUAAUAGCUUUUAUUUAGUAAAAUACUUAGUAUUAAUUAUCAUUAGCAAAAUUGUGAGUCUUCAACAUCCAACAAAGAAUUCACCUCAUGAAUUAGCUUAACCAUUUCGGUUUUCAUUUUCUCUUGUUUUCACUUGUGCAAUAUUUGAAUUUAUUUAAUUAGCAUUAACAAUUCACGCAGUAACAAUCGUAUAAAAUAUCAGUUAGCCUAUUACAGCAUUGUUCAUUAUUUAGCACUUUAUUAAUUAUUUAGAGCUUUCUUUAGAAGUUGGAUCAACAAUGUAACUCCAAAUACAAUAUUUUGUUCAUUUUUAUUAAUGGGAUUAGUCUAUUUAUUAGAAGAUUGGUUAGUACUCAUUCCUGGUACUGCUUUUUAAAACAAAUAUCUAUCUAUUAAAAAAUCAUUUGAUUGGUAACCUCUUAUAAUGGUUAUUGGUGCUGCAGCUUCUCAUACUCUUGGAAUUUGGAUGUUUAAAGUUUUAUCUAUGAAAAUGCAUUAAACAUAAAAAGCUUUUAUUGAUAGAGUUUCUUGGUCUAAUUAUAUAGCAGAUGAACCUGAUAAAAUUACUUAUAGCUUAUGUGUAGUCAAUAGUUUAUUUUGCAAAUAUUUAGAAUGUUAAUUAAGAAUUCAUUGUGAAACUAAUUCUAUGUAAAUAGAUGGACUUUCUUAAAAGGAACUAAGAGCAUUAAUAAAGGAUUAUUUUGAUAAUCAUUUAACUUACAGUUUUUAAUAUAUGGAGUAAUUCAAAAUAUUUAAUUUCAACAAAGAAGGUAAUUUUGAUACAAUAUCUGAUAAGCCAUUGAUGAUCCUGCCAUAUAUAAAGAAGAAGACACUUUACUUAGAAGAUUAAUUAAGGAGAAGAUAUAUGAAAUAUAACUUUAACAUCAAUAAUAUAAAGAAUUAUUUGGAUCAGAUAAAUACCUCAAUCUAUAAUUUGAAAUUCUAUUUGAAGAUUAUGGUAUUCAUGAAUAUAUAUGGGAUGAUGAAACUCCUUAUAUUUAAUUGAUAAUUUCAUUUUUUGAAGGAAUCUUUUGUUUUUGUGCAGCUUUCUUAAAUCAUGAAUAUAAUGAUUUAUUUUCUAAUGGAUAUGAUGUAAAUAUGUCUCAUAUUUAAUAUUAUGUAUGGAUAACUAUAUUUUUGGGAGUUUUUCAAUUGAUAAAAAUAUUGUAAUAUUUAAAAAAAUUAAUAUAAUAGUUCAUUUAAAUUAAUGUUCUUAUGGAAUGUUUAAACUUAUUUUUUUAGUGGAAUUUUCACUGAAUUAAUAGUUGUGUAUAUUACAAUGCUUUGGAUUGAACCAGUUGGAUAUCUAUAAAUGUUAGGCUUAAUAUUAUCCUAUUGUAUAAUGUGUGUGUUGUAUAGAUCUGCUGAAAAAGUGAGAGAUCAAAGUAAACUACUUUUAUACUUUCAUUAGAAAAUAAAUUAUUCUAUCUGAGUUUUAUUACUUUCUUAAUAAGAGUACAAAAAUUUACAAUCAGAGAAGGAUCUUAAAUAAUUCAAAUGAUGUCACUCUGUGCAGAAAGAUUAAGUCUCAAUGAAUUUUUAAAAGUUUUGGCUUAAAUUCUUUGUACUCAUGGAAUAGUUAGUUAUGAUUAAUUAAGAUAAAUUAAAUUUAGUCAUUUUGGAUAGAGUCCUUUUUUUUAAUUUUAGAUUCCAUUUAUUUUUUAAUCUUAACUUAGAUAUGAAAAUAAUAUUGAAGAUCCCUAUCUUCCUGAAUUUGAUGAUGAAUAACCACUUAGAGAAGAAGAUAGACAAACUAAAUUUGAAAGGUAAUUAUAAAUUAUAUUAUAAAGAUAUGUUAUUGAUAGUAAAUAUGAAAAUGAAAAAUAAUAAAUGAAAGAUGAAGUCAAAUAGACAGUAAUGGAAAUUAGAAAAUUGAAUAAAUCAAAGAUAAUCUAAAGCAAUAUCUAAUAAUCAAGAAUUGUUUAAAAUGAUGAACAUCAAGAAUGA